AUGGCCGACACGUGUAUCGUCUGCCUCGGUGACCUCGACGGCGGCAGCUCUGAGCUCUCACCUCCAGACGGCCAAGCUGUCAAUCACGAUGAUGCGCUUGGAUCCGCCACGGGUACUUCCGCCAAUCAUCAUCUCGAAACGCAGGGCCACAACCACAACCACGCCCACGCCCACGCCCACGCCCACAUCCCCGACGACGAGCUCAUAGCCCAUCUGCUACCCUGCGGCCACAACCUGCACAACGACUGCCUGAAGCCUUGGGUGGAGAGAGCAAACAGCUGCCCAAUAUGCAGAGCCAGCUUCAACAUGGUCGAGCUCCGCGCCAAGCUGGAUGGCCCGACCCUCUCUUCCUACGCCGUCUUGGACAAGCAGCAAGUGGCCGAAGUAGAUCCCCUCAUGAUUAUCGACGACGAAGAUAACGACGAUCUCUUUGAUGAAUACUCCGAGUCUUGGGAACCGUGCCUGGUAUGCGAAGAGUACGGCGAUGAGUCGCAACUCAUGCAAUGUGAUGGUCCUGGCUGCACUUCCAGCUCUCAUGUUUUUUGCGCUGGCCUAGACAGGGUUCCUUCCGGAUUGUGGUUCUGCCACAACUGCUUAGAGCAUCAACAGGCGGCUGCUGCAGCCGGUCGCGCAUCUCCCGGAAGGCGUGCGGGUUCUGCGCGGCGUGGAAGACGUGGACAUAGGACACCCAACGAGUGGGCGAGAGUUUGGCAAUCUGUCCGGAACCGAUUGCACUUGGAUCUCGACUUCCCCUUUGACGACGAGUCCGCUGACGAGCAGCAAAGGGCCGCUGCUCAACGUCGGGAAUUCAAUGAGUGGCAGCGCAGAUUCCAAGUUGCCGCUCGUCAGGGUAGUGGCGACAGGUUCAGACGAAACGCCGCCGCUGUACUCCGCCCUCAUACCCAUCGUGUGGCCCAGGAGCCCCCCAAGCCCGAGUCUCAAGAAGAGUUGCGGGCAUGGAAUGCUUUCGACAAAGCCAGAGAGGUUCAAGGAAGCGCGCCACCAACAAACCGGAGAAAGCGGAAGUCCACCCCAUCCUCUCCCGCAGAAGGUCAACCUGGAGAGCCCGAGCGGAGACUGAAGAGGCCUUGCACUCGAGUUGAGCGGUACCAGGAAGGCAGCUCCACCGAUUUUGCUCCUGAGUCUUCGACCGCUGGCCGGGCUGGAUCUAGGAACACUACUGUGGCGCCGUCGCUUGCCUCCGAAAGAGCCAAUGGUGCAAGCGCUCCCAGUUUCUUACAGUCGCUACUCAAGGAGGUAGAGACGUAUCCGGCGUCCGUCCAUUCCGGCACCGAAGGGCUGCAGAAGAAUGCAGGCAAUCUGUUUCUGAGUGACCAGUCGCUAUCCCCGGGACUUACAUCACCGGACGCCUCGCCUGGAGGCUCAAACGUCCCAACUCCGCGUGCCAUGACGCCACCUCCAUUAUCACUCUCUCGACCAGCAUCGCCACCACUAACUUCGAUGAUAUCACCCGUCUACCCAGCUGUACUGCCGUAUGCGCCUUUCUCACCCGCCGACGACGACCGUGUUCAAGACCACGACGAGAACGAUCGUGCGAGGUCGCGACAUCGCAAGCCGGACCAUCCUUCCCCAGCCACGAGCCCCGUUCGUGCGAACGAUGUCUCGUCACCGCCACGCACCACGAUGUCGUAUUCGACCAAGUCGGAGAUACAGCGCAUGGUGAAGGCGGCGCUGAAGCCGCGGUACCAGAAGCAGGAAGUCGACAAGAAUCAGUACACAGAGAUCAAUAUGAAUGUCUCGCGGUUGAUGUAUGACAAGAUUGGAGACGCGAACGGGUUGGUAGAUCAGAAGUCUAGAGAUGAGUGGCAGAAGGUUGCUGCUGACGAGGUCGAGAAUGCCGUCAGGUUACUGCGUGCAGCCGAUUCAGCGUCCGCGGCGUCGUAA